UACACGUGUAUAAUUUCUCAUUUCAAUUACCUUACAGUAUACAAAUAACCUGCCUACUACUGUGUAAUUUAUAUCAGUUCCUGAUUAUAGAUGAAGAAUGUCGAAGAGAAGGAGAAAAUGUUUGGCUGUGUAAGAGAGACAAGGAUUGUCCUGGAGCCAGAAAGGUGUUACAAAGUGGAGGUAAACUUGUCUCCUGUUUCUGGAAGAAUUCCACGACCCACAUCAUAUGCUGCCCUCCUGAAAAGUCUGUUAGAAAGCGUGUUACAGUGAGUGAAAAAAAGUGCGCUGAGUUUCAGAAAAGGCUGUGCCAACACCAAGUAUAUGGAACAUUAUCAAAGCAGUAUAUUAGUCAGGUGAACCAAAAAGAUUUCUCCAGAUAUAAUGUUAGAAAUCUUGCACUGUCUGCAAUUGGAGGCAAAUUGUCUAAAGCUAAGGAGUUUCCGAGCAUGGCACUGAUCGGAUAUGACGAAGAAGAGUCCAUCUCCUGGCAGUGUGGAGGGUCUCUUAUCAGUGAGAGAUACGUCCUUAGCGCUGCUCACUGUUCUCUAACCGUCUAUGGGCUAGCUCGGUGGGUGCGCCUGGGAGACCUGGACAUCAGUACAGACAAGGAUGACGCGCGGCCACAACAGUUCGAGAUCAUCGAGCGUAUCGUACACAGCGGCUACAAGGCGCCCGCCUUCUACAACGACAUCGUCCUGUUCCGUCUGGACAGAGCGGCCGUGUUCGAUGAGUACGUGAGGCCGGCCUGCCUUCACACGGGCAUGGCCGAUCUGACUGGCGUGGGCAUAGCUACUGGCUGGGGCCGAAACGAAUCAAAUGGUCCAACAAGCUCCUCUCUAGUGAAGGUGGACCUCAAGUUCCUGCCCAGUGAGGAGUGUCAGCGAGUGGUGGGCACAGUGGAGAGAUACCUGCCGGCAGGGCUGGACACCCAGACAAUGCUGUGUGCGGGCGAACCGGGCAAGGAUACAUGUCAGGGAGAUUCAGGAGGUCCACUGAUUUUAGCUGAUCGAGGGAACUUGUGUCUCGAUAGACAAGUGGGAGUUACAUCGUUUGGUCCCAAGGAUUGCGGUAUGGCUUCUGCUCCGGGCGCCUAUGUCAGAGUGGCUCACUUUGUGCGCUGGAUAGAGUCUGUGGUCUGGCCUGAGUAGCUUCUGAUCCAUUCAUACUGAUAUAUUAUAAAAUGUUACAACAACUACCUAUGAAUAAGAAUUUGCUUAAGAUAUUUGGGAAUUACCGCAUUCAGAAACAUUAUCCAUAUAAAUACACACAAAUUUUCGUAAACUUUGAUAUUUUGAUGCGCGUGUUCACUUUAACUCCAUUUCAUGUUCCGCUAAGUGCAGCGUCUGAGAUCUUACACUGUCACGGAUAUGACUGUUGGAACCUGGAGUCCACGUCUGUAUAGGGAUCUAACAAGAGCGAAACGCUAGAGGACCUAGGAAAUGCUCUUUAGUACUUUCCAUAAAUUCAGAAUUCGAAACGUACUCUUGACAACAAAAGGAGUUAAUUUCCUAUUGCAUCGCUUGACAUAAGAUGCAGUUAUGCCAAAAAAUUUGCGUCUUGUUUACUCUGCAGAAUACCUGCAGAAUCAAUGAGGACUGUUCCGGUUGUCUCAUUUUUGCAUCUAAUGAGGCAGUUACUGAGAGUACAUAUCGAAGUCAUGACAAGUACUAAGUAGUAUAGCCAGGAUAACCUGCUGUUUCGGUUUUGCUGGAUCCCUUCUGACAGACUUGGACUCUAGAUUACAGGUGUGAAGAAUCUCAGUUCUCAAACGGAAGGAGAACUAAGCGGGAGGAAAAAAGGAGCUAAGCUCACCUUCGCAUUGAAUUAACCAUUUCUACCAUAGGUGUGUUUGAUAUGUUCUCAUACACUCUUUUGAUGUAGGUAAAACCUGUUAAACAAAUUCAAAAUCACUUUUUAAACCCAGAUUCAUCUAUAAUUUAUUUGAUAAUUUGAAAUAUACCUAUAUUAUAUAAAAUUCUGUAUUGAUUUCCAUAUAUUAAGACUUUUGAUCAAGAAUUUCUUAUAAGUUCUCUUGAAUUACAACUGUAUUUAAGCAGCUUUAUAACAUAUAACUUCUUUCAUCUUGUGUAUUCUGUGAUACUAAUGUACUUUAACACUACGUAAGGCAGUGAGUAUAACUGACCUGUACUAUUUUGACAGUUAUUCUUAUUCUUAUUAUUUUUGGCACAAGAUAAUAAUUUAUAGUUGUACUGUAUAUAAUUAAUUAACAUAAACAAUUCUAGUUAUGAUGCAAACUUAUAUAUUAUGCUUGUUUGAGAUAACAGGAAAUAUCAAAUGCUGUUAAUAUUGAAGAA